CCUCUUUACCCAUCACUACUUGGCAGGAAAAAAUCUUGGUAAGCUGAGCACGUUUUUUGUAAGAAACUUAAGUAAAUAAAUUAUAGAUUACAGUCUGAUUCCGAAAGUGUGUUGGUGUUGGCGGCGCUCAGAAAUGGAGAAGGCUUUGAAAGAGCAGAAUAACAAUGUUGCCUGUCAAGAGGAAGAAAGCGACAGUACGGUCCCAAGUAAGCGGAAAAAAUAUGGGAAGUCUUCUGUGUGGAACUUUUUUAACAAAUCGGCUGAUGGCAGGUCAGCCAAAUGUAUUAAAUGUGGAAAAACGUACCAAACAAGUGGCAAUACGACAAACUUGUCUUGCCACUUGAAAAACAUUCAUCCUAAUUUAACAAUUAGUGAAUUGCCAAGAGUACAACAGCCGUCAGUCCUUUCAUUUAUGGAGAAAAAGUACGAAAAGUCGUCGAACCGAAAACAACAAUUGGACAGUGCCUUGUUCUAUUAUAUUACAUCAGACUUGCGCCCUUUCACAGUGGUGGAAAAUAAAGGCUUCCGCAAUUUUUUAAACCUCCUCGAUCCAAGGUAUGAAUUGCCUUCACGUACGACCUUAAGAAAUGUUUCGAUGGCAAAUGCAUACGAAGAAAAGAAGGCCAGGCUGUACGCCUUUUUACAAGACGUCAAGCACUGUGCAAUCACUUCAGAUUGCUGGACGUCAAGGUCCAACGAGUGCUACGUUACUGUGACGUGCCAUUUUAUAACAGAGGAUUUCGAAUUGCGCAACGCUGUUUUGUCCACAGAAAAGCUCCUCGACGAAAGGAGCCAUUCUUCCGAGAGUAUUGCAAACUCAAUACGCACAGUACUCGAGGAAUGGAGCCUUUUAGGAAAGGUCACCGCUAUGGUCACAGAUAACGCCAAAAACAUGAUAAAAGCAUGUGAGAUACUGCAAAUAAGACAUAUUCCAUGCUUUAAGGAAAUACUGUCACCGUUUGAGCACGCAACGGUGCACACAUCCGCCAACUAA